GGUUUGACUUUCAAUCUGUUGUUCUGUGUUUCCGAACUCGGCGAAGUGGAGUUCAACAUGCGGAGAUCUGGCUCUUUAACAUCCACAGCAAACCCCCACUGGCCCCAAAACCCUAAAUCCACCCACUGUUUUCUCUUCCUCCUGUAAAUUUUCAAUUUUUUUCUUCUCAAAAAUUAUUGUUUGUUGAUGGAGAUAAAUUGUACGACGAACCGGAAUCUUGCUGAGGGCACAGGUGAUGAUGUUGAAGCCCUUGCUGAGGCCACAGGUGAUGAUGUUGAAGAGAAAGGAAGUAGGAAGAAACACCGGUGGUUAGCUGGAAAGAUAGAAAAAAUGGAUGAAGAGGAACGAAAGAAGACAAACCAGGCAGCUUCCAACUCAAGCAGGAAAGAUGGUUCAAAGCCAAAGUACUAUGCCAAGAACUUGGUUCCUGAUGAAAAUGGAAAUCCAAUUCAGGUACCCUCAAACUGGUGUCAUCAGUGUCGUAGACGUGACAGGGGACGAACUGUGCAGUGCCAGAAAUGCUCUUCAAAGCGUUAUUGUGAGCCUUGUAUGACAAGAUGGUACCCUAACAUGACAGAGGAGAUGUUUGCUGAGUGUUGCCCUUUUUGCCGUGACAAUUGUAACUGUAUAGCUUGCUUACGCAAUGUGAACCCCAAAGGGAAAGAGAAGAUUGAUUUCAGACCUAAUGAUGAUCAGAAAGUUCAAUAUUCUAUGUAUAUCCUACAUGUGCUUUUCCCAAUCUUGAAGUGUCUCAAUGAGGAACACAUAAAGGAGAAAACAACAGAAUCUAUAAUUCAAGGAUCUUCUUUAUCGGAUAUACAGUUGAAGGAUGCAAACUGCAGUUUGGAUGAGCGCAUAAACUGCAACUGCUGUAAAACUUCAAUUUUUGACUUGCACAGAAGCUGCCCUUCUUGUCAUUAUGACCUUUGCCUUCAAUGUUGCUUUGAAUUACGAGAUGGCAACCUUCAAGGAAACAAGGAAGAAGUUAUCAUUGAAUAUAGAGAUCCAGGUCUUAAGUACUUGCAUGGGAAGAAUGCCUGUUAUGUUGAGACAGCUGCUGAAGAUCCUGCACCAAAGGAAAAGCAAACUCAUGAUUGGAAGUCUCUGGAUGAUGGAAGAAUUCCUUGUCCUCCAGAAAGUAUGGGUGGUUGUGGUGGUGGAAUUCUAGAGUUGAUGCACAUAAAGCCGCUUGACACCGUUUCAAGAUUGUUGAAUGAAGCACAAGAGCUCUUAAAGAUGCAUAAACCGGAAGAUAUGCGAGAGAUACUUGAGCAACAUUGCUCUUGUUCAGAUUUUGUGAAAGAAAGCAAUGGUGGUGAUGAGCAGUUACGAAAAGCUGCAUCUCGUGAAAAUUCCAAUGACAAUUACUUGUAUUGUCCACGUGCAAUAGACAUUAAACUUGGAGAUUUGAAGCAUUUUCAGUGGCAUUGGUCAAAAGGGGAGCCAGUAAUAGUGAGCAAUGUUCUUGAAACUACACUUGGGUUGAGCUGGGAACCCAUGGUUAUGUGGCGUGCUUUUCGCCAGCUUAAAAGUACCAAGAAUGCUGCUAUUAAUUGUUUAGAUUGGUGUGAGGUUGAUAUUAAUAUUCAUAACUUUUUUGCUUGGUAUACGGAUGGUCAAUAUGACAACGAAGGGUGGCCUAAGAUCCUAAAGUUGAAAGCAUGGCCUAUAUCAAAUUUAUUUGAAGACGGCUUACCACGUCAUGGUGUUGAGUUCAUCACUUCCUUGCCCUUCAAAGAAUAUACACAUCCUCGUGAUGGAUACCUUAAUCUUGCUGUCAAGUUGCCUGAAAAAUCUUUGAAGCCACACAUGGGUCCUAAAACAUAUAUAGCUUAUGGCGUUCAUCAAGAAUUGGGACGUGGAGAUUCUGUAACUAAACUUCAUUGUGACAUGGCUGAUGUGGUGAAUGUAUUGACUCAUACUGCAACUGUUACCCCCAGCUCUGACCAUUGUACAAGGAUAAAUUAUUUGAAAAUGCUGCACAAGGUUCAGGAUCAGAAGAAACUUUUGGGAGUGGUAGGGGAGAAUAAAGAAGGAACACCAGGUAGCUGUGUGGAUGGAUCUGAUUCUGAUCUGGAAGAGGGAGGUGCUUUGUGGGAUGUGUUUAGGAGGGAAGAUACUCCUAAACUGGAGGAAUAUCUCAAAAAACACUUCAAAGAGUUCAGACAUGCCUUUUGUCUUCCACUGCAGCAGGUUAUCCACCCAAUUCAUGAUCAAACAUUUUACUUAACCAUGGACCAUAAAAGGAAGCUCAAGGAAGAGUUUGGAAUUGAAGCAUGGAGUUUUGUCCAAAAGCUUGGGGAUGCUGUCUUUAUACCUGCUGGAUGUGCUCAUCAAGUUAGAAAUCUAAAGCAGUCAUGUAUAAAAGUUGCAUUGGAAUUUGUUUCUCCUGAAAAUGUUGGUGAAUGCAUCCGACUGACAGAAGAUUUCCGCCUUCUUCCCCAAAAUCAUUGGGCAAAAGAAGAUAAGUUGGAGGUGAAGAAGAUUGUAUUUCAUGCAGUGGAGGCAGCUGUGAAAGACUUAAAGUUUGUUGCCAAUGGAAACCCCCAAAAAGAUUUAGGACUAGUGGAGAAAGGGACUAUUCCGUCCACUCCAACCCAAAAACACAAAUUACCAAAAAAAGUGCAAGGGGCAAAAUGGGAAUUACAGAUUGAUCGUGACACAACAUGUUCCCAUCAUGUGGAUAAUGAAGAAAACGGAUAUGAGGUGAAUAAUGAAGAAAGUGGUGGCAGCAUAAAAAGAUCAAGGACUAGUAAAGAAAGGGACUAUUCUCCCCACUCCAACCUAGAAACGCCAAAUAGUGGUGGUUCAACGGUUCACCCUCCUACAAGUGGAGAUGCAUCUAAAAUGAAAGGAAAAGCUAAGGUUUCACAGUCUUCUUCAUCUCCUAAUGAAAUUGUUGCAGAACUUCGUGCAAUGAGAGUUACCAGAGACAAUGAAGUUGAACUCAUGAGAAAAAGACUCGACUUGGAGCAAAAAAGGGAAGAAAGGAAGAAUAAGAAGAUGUAUCACAUGCAUCUCAAUGCAUUGUUAAUGAAAGAGCACUUAUCGCCAGAAGAUGAAGACAUUAAACGCCGUCUCUUGGCGAUGUUGUGUGGAUAGUGAUUGUAGUGUAUUUUAGAUGCACUUCCAUCUUUUAUUUAUGUAAUAUUGUAUAUUAUGCAAAUGUUGUAUCAUGAUUGAUAGUUAUACCUAAUUAUUAAUGCUAGUAAAAAAACCAUGGCGCGAGUUC